AUAGAAUUUAGGACACCCUGUAUACAAACAUACUGUAUACAUACUAGGAUAUUCUCGUCAGAAAUAAAACAGAUAUCCAUAUACCCAUCUUGUGCUACCCAGGUAGUGUAUCGAAUUGAUUUAAAGAUCGAAGAAUUUGACCAUCUUGAGUGAAGUAAUUGGAGCAAAAGAAAAAACGUUCGAUUGAAUUCAAUCUGACAAAAACAGUCGCGAACAACAGAUUAGAGAGCAAGCCCGAUUGCCUGGAAAUUUCAUCAAAAAUAAUCGGCACAGUUAAGGAGAGUUCAGGCUUGCGCCAAACGUCGGUAUGCGUCGUCGAUAUUCGUACGUCCUGGCCGGAGCGGGCAUCUAUACUUUCGUCGCGACGCAUCCAAUGCAGUGACGCCAGCGAAACGACGUCAGGAUGGUCAGACACGAUUCGAGAAUAUUUUCCCUACGGGUUCGUAGAAAAUACUUGAACGGCGCGAAAUAAAAACCAAAAGCAACAAAAUAAAUAGUUAAAUAAGAUACUUGACAAAAAAACAGAAAGGUGGUUUCGUCGAAUCAAGUGGUUUGUGUGUUAAUUGUGCGAACAGACUGUUGGCCGACUGUUAUGUCCCAGUGAACCUCUUCGAACGAAGAUUCCACCUCACAGCAUGGCCUCGGUCGCCGCUUGGCUACCCUUCGCUAGGGCGGCGGCCAUAGGUUGGGUGCCCAUCGCAACACAUCCCUUACCGCCUCCACCGAUACCAAAGGACAGGCGUAAAGCAGACGACGAGAAGCUCCUCAUCAACGUGUCCGGCCGUAGGUUCGAGACCUGGAGGAACACCCUCGAGAAAUACCCUGACACCUUGCUGGGUUCAAACGAACGGGAAUUCUUCUACGAUGAGGAGUGCAAGGAAUACUUCUUCGACCGUGACCCAGAUAUAUUCAGACAUAUCUUGAAUUACUACAGAACUGGCAAGCUGCACUAUCCCAAACAUGAAUGCCUGACUAGUUAUGACGAGGAACUGGCCUUUUUCGGCAUACUCCCAGACGUAAUCGGUGAUUGUUGUUACGAAGAUUACCGCGAUCGUAAGAGGGAGAACGCCGAGAGGUUGAUGGACGAUAAGCUGUCCGAAAAUGGCGAUCAGAACCUCCAGCAGCUCACCAACAUACGGCAGAAGAUGUGGCGAGCCUUCGAGAACCCUCACACAUCAACUGCUGCCCUAGUGUUCUACUACGUCACCGGCUUCUUCAUUGCGGUCUCGGUGAUGGCCAACGUGGUGGAGACUGUACCUUGCGGUAGUCGUCCAGGUCGCGCCGGGUCAUUGCCCUGUGGCGAAAGAUACAAGAUUGUUUUUUUCUGCUUGGAUACAGCGUGCGUUAUGAUCUUCACCGCUGAGUAUCUCUUAAGAAUGUUCGCUGCACCGAAUCGUUACAAGUUCGUUAGGUCAGUUAUGAGCAUCAUCGACGUGGUGGCCAUUCUGCCCUACUACAUAGGUUUAGGUAUCACGGAUAACGAUGACGUUUCGGGCGCCUUCGUCACCCUCAGAGUAUUCCGUGUCUUCAGGAUCUUCAAGUUCUCCAGGCACUCCCAAGGUCUCAGGAUUUUGGGUUAUACGCUCAAAUCAUGCGCAUCGGAGCUUGGCUUCCUCGUUUUUUCACUAGCUAUGGCCAUCAUCAUUUUCGCCACUGUCAUGUUUUACGCUGAGAAAAACGUUGGGAAGACUAACUUCACGUCGAUUCCAGCUGCUUUUUGGUACACAAUUGUCACUAUGACAACCCUGGGGUAUGGUGAUAUGGUCCCAGAUACUAUAGCAGGAAAGAUAGUUGGUGGUGUUUGUUCUUUGAGUGGUGUACUUGUGAUAGCUUUACCUGUACCUGUCAUUGUCUCCAAUUUCAGUCGAAUCUAUCACCAAAAUCAGAGAGCAGACAAAAGAAAAGCUCAACGGAAAGCGCGUUUGGCAAGAAUUCGAAUUGCCAAAGCGUCAUCAGGUGCAGCGUUUGUAUCCAAGAAGAAAGCAGCCGAAGCUCGAAUUGCAGCUCAAGAAUCAGGUAUUGAACUUGACGACAACUACAGAGAAGAGGAUAUCUUCGAGUUGCAGCAUCACCAUCUUCUGCGAUGCUUGGAGAAGACAACAGAUAGGGAAUUUGUCGAAUUGGAGGUGCCGUACAAUGGUCACCCAAAAAGACCAGGAUCACCAUCACCCAUGGCUAGUCCUGCCCAUUCUGCGGUUUCUAUAGGGUUUCUCCAGUCUUGUUGCGGUAGAUGCUGCCCAAGAAGAUAUCAGCAAGCUUGCGGGAAGUACAUGCCAGCAGCAUCAGCAGCUCAAAGCAACCAAACUGGUGCUGGUAUGGAUGGAACAUACCUAGUGGAAGCCUCGUUUUAGGCUUCUCGCUACAAAACGUCCACAAUGGAGAUUUCCACUGAUCUAAAUUCAGAUUCUAAAACAAUCUUUCCUGGAGUGGCAGAAGGCUAACGAUCUCUAACAUAGUUGAAGAAGCGGCCACUUCAUUUUUUACAUUUAAAACAAAAUUCACCGUUAGAAUUGAAAUGAUACUUCCAUUUUCGUUGAAUGGGAAUUUCGAGAAAUUAAAAAUCAUUAAAAUUAGUUUAGCCCGCAAGAAGUAUUAAGAGAACAUUUGUUCGAAUGAUUGCUACCUUCGAUUUUAUAGAAAACUGAUAUUUUAUAGUUCUAUCGCGAAUGAAACCUCCAUCAGAAGCUCGAUAAAAUCUCAAAACAACGGGAUACCAGCCAAAUCAAUGUGAUUUCUUAUUAUUCCUUAUAUCUUGAAUGAUAACGUAUUAAUUAAUGUUUUUCUCUGCUAGAGCAACUGAACAUUUCUAGUUCAUCUAGUGGAUGUGAGAAUUUUUUUCCUUAAAACUUUUCAGUAUAAUAACAGUUUUCAAGAUAUUUGAUGACUUUAUAUACAUCGAUUUUUUUUUUUCAACUUUAUUGAUGUGUAGUGUAAAUUUUGUAAUAUAAAUCAGAAACAAAACUAGAUAAAAAUUGAGAAUAAAUGUGUUAAUUUUU